CAGAAAGGCUAUGACAAACAUGGAUUACGCUCGAAGAAUGCGCAGAUGCCAUGAAUAUGUGGAAGCUUUGGAAGAAGAAGGACGUAAAAUUCAAGUCUUUCAACGCGAACUUCCUUUGUGUUUGGAGCUUGUUACCCAAGCGAUUGAGGCAUGCAAGAAAGAGAUAUCGGGGGGUUCAACGACGACGGAUUACAUGCAAGGGCAAUCGGAGUGUUUGGAGCAAACAUCGAGUGAUGGACCUGUUUUGGAAGAAUUUAUUCCAAUAAAAAGAAGCUCUAAUUGUUCCGAGGGAGAUGAUAAACAAGAAUCGCAUAAAUCCAAAGACCUGGAUAGCAACUUCAAAGAAAAGAAUCCUGCUGCUGCUGCUGAUAAAAAGAAAUCUGAUUGGCUUAGAUCUGUUCAGUUGUGGAAUAAUAAUCAAUCCUCAGAUCCACCCUUGAAAGAGAUUGCGGGUAAAAGUGGAAGUGCGGUGGAAGGGAAGAGAUAUGGGGGAGCAUUUAAGCCGUUCCACAGAGAGAAGAGUGUUCAAUCAUUAGGAAAAGCCAAUGCCUCAGCUACAAGUACUUCUACAACGGAAAGUGGGAGUAGAGGAGAGGAAGCCAAUAAUGGAAACAGUAUUAAAAAGGAAGAAAAGGAAGGGCAGACUCAGAGAAAGCAAAGGCUGUGUUGGUCACCAGAGUUGCAUAGGCGCUUCUUGCAUGCUCUCCAGCAACUCGGUGGUUCACAUAUAGCAACGCCAAAACAAAUUAGGGAGCUGAUGAAGGUUGAUGGACUAACAAAUGAUGAAGUUAAAAGCCAUUUACAGAAAUAUAGAUUGCACGCAAGGAGACCAAGCCCAACUGUCCACAACAAUGCCAACCCACAAGCAACUCAAUUUGUGGUGGUUGGAGGCCUAUGGGUACCUCCCCUAGAAUAUGCCUCAAUGAAUGCAACAACAGCGUCAGGGGAAAAUGCCAGUGGAAUCUACACUCCGGUGCCUGCCCCAUUGCCUGCAUUUCCUCAAUCAUCAGGAGCAAUAGUGCAAAGACCACAGCAAUCACAAUCUGAUGAAGAAAGGGGCAGCUAUAGUGAAGGGAGAGUUCAUUCAAAUUCACCAUCAACAUCUUCCUCUACUCCUACCAGUACAGAUUCUCCUGUGUUUUAGUUCUAAUGAAUGAGAAUGGUGUACAAUUUUCGUAAGAAAACCUCAGUAGAAAGUUCUAUAUGAUAUAGGAACAUCUCUCUGACUUUUUUUUCCCCUUAAAUUUUUGCCCCCCAUAACCUGUUGCUGUUGUUAUUGAGUGUAAACAUGGAUGGUGACAGCCAGCCUUGAAUAAAAGCAUAUCGUUGUGGUUCACCGUACCAUUCUGAUUCCAGAAACUGGAAUUUAAACGAAUAAAUUGGAAUCUUUGUUUUGGAAACAUUAGCUA